UGUGUGUGUGUGCGUGCGACAGACUCCAAUUGUAUCCGCCCGUAGCCUGUAAGAGAUUUCCACACAGCUCAGCCAAUCUAUCCUGUUACCUAUAGGAGUUCUUGUUAUAGAAUACGACAUUUACUUUUUAAGGAAUUCAUUAAAAUACACAAACAAGUUCACCAACAAUGCGCAAUUGUUCGUAAAUUUGUGGUCAUCUGGCUGAGCGUAAAAACGGCGUAAACUACGUAGUAAUGAGCAAUUUGAAGUGUCUGACGACGGUAAUCCUCUUCGGAUUGUGUGUCACACCGUCAGAAACAAUAAUUGGUCAGAAAUGCUCAACAAAAUAUGACUGUGAAUCAGGAGUAUUGAAAGCAGAAUAUUGCACAGAUGGUGUUUGUGUUUGUUCCAACCUAUCCCGUUUAGGGUUUGAAGAACAUUCCCUCGCUCCUGAGUGUAGCUAUCUUUUGGACAUGAAAACAAGGUUCUGUAAAAAUUCACCGGGAAAAUGUCCACCAAAUAGCAAGUGUAAAGACGAAGAAGGAUGUCAAUGUAAAGAUGGGUAUGAGUUUGUUGGCCUUAAUUGUAUAAAAGCAGUGAACAAGAAGGUCAUGGAGCCCUGCUAUCAAAGAUAUUCUAUAGCAUAUGUCUGUGACCAUAAGCAACAUAGUUACUGUGGAGAAAGGAAAUGUGUUUGCUUUGAUGCUUUUCUCCCAAAUGUAACCAGUGGGCGGUGUGAACCUGAAGCCGAUUUCCUGCGUGCCAGUAACCUUACAAAGUACAUUGUCCUACACGGUGAAUACUGCUAUUCGAAUUCUAAUUGUAUUGAAGGCUUGGAGUGUUCUAAACAUGCAUGUUCGUGUCCCAGCCCCUGCGUAUACAAGAAGGGAAUGCAGGUAUGCGACUGUGGUGCAUCGACAUCAAUAGGACCUAUACUUGUUGGAAUCCUGGGUGGUUUGUUAAUCAUUGCAUUUUGGAGCUGGACAAUAACGAUUACUUGGAGGAGACACACAAAAAAGCAGGCGUACCAGGAUGCAUCAGCACCUCCAUCUGUCCAACGAAGUACAGCUUCAUAUCCUCUUGCUCCGGUUACGUCCUCUGUACCAGCUGCCCCACUUUUGUCACAGGAAGAACCUUUAGGUUUUCAGAGCCCUGCCAAGUCUCAGUACUCAUCAUCACAGGGUUUUCCUUCUAAUGCAUAUAAUGAUGCCUACUUACCUAAUGUUUCAGGAUAUCCCUCAGCCCCAUCGUAUCCUCCCACUCUCCCACCUCCACCAUAUUCAGCCACUACAUAUGAUCCGCCAUAUGCACCUUCGUCCUUACCUCCUCCAUAUCCUGCUGACAUACCUUCACAUCCUCCCCCAUCCAUGCCUCCUUCAUCAUCUUCAGCCCCAUAUCCUCUUAAUCCAUAAAUGACGCCACAACUUGUUUCUCAAUUCUUUAACCCAAUGGCGCCGGGUGUACAAAAGAAAAAAAAAAAUCGACUUUGAGCGCGCGAGUACGGGUGUCAACCCGAAUCACUGGCUCGCCGCCGGCUCAUUUGACUGCACGCCAGCUUUCAAGCGCUUUGUUUACACGCCGAUCGGCGUGACCCGGCACCAAGGGGUUAAGUGCAGCGAAAAUUGAUAUUGCAAGAACCAUUUACAAGAACUUUGAAUAACAUUUUUUUUUUUUUUUCUGAUUCUGUUGUCUUUCAUGUCUUGGGGACUAUUUAUUUUACUUGCUUCUAAAUCAUGCAUUUCCUAAUAUACUACUUGAAGUGAUUGGCUCAAAAUAAAAUUUUCCAGUGAAUUAUAUGAAUACAGAACAAACUAUAGAAUAUAGGGAUUUUAAGAGUUUGGAUACAAUAAGUUGUGUCUGAGGAAUUACCAUACAAGCCAAAUAGAAAUAGGUGCAAGUUCUAUGAAGAUCACUUCCAAAUUUAUGAAAUUCAGUGAUAGUGACACAUGAGUUGUUUUCUCUUUUUCAGAGUUCUUGAUUAAAGAUAUAUUGAUAUUUUGCUUUUCAUAUCAGAACUGGAAACAAAAACUGCAUCUUUGUCAUUUCAACCCUUGAGUCAGACUUGAUUGUAUUGUUUUUGUUGUGUCAGAUCUUUAGCUUGAGCUGCAUGACAGAGCAAGCAUACUUGGCUGUCGACAAGCUACCUAUGGCCAUGUCUUGAGAUACAUUCCAGCUGAAAUAUGGUAUCAGACACAAAUAUAGAUAAUGGCUGCCUUAUAAUUUUGCUGUUCUGUAGACUUAAUUAUGAAAGGGCAAAAAUAGAUGAAAUGUAAAUGGAACUGAUAUUUGAUGCAUGUGAUAACUCAUUUUCAGACUAGAAAUGUGCUGAAAUUGCAGCAGUACAUAAUUAUCAGGUGAAUAUUGUGUUGGGUUUGGAAGAGAAGUGGAAUUACUAGGCUAAUAUAAAUUCUUCAUGGUUAUCAAACAGUAUUAUAUAUAUGUGACAUAAACAUGCAGGACCAGUCAAUCUUGAUAUUAAUUCUCUUAAGUGUGAUUAAACAUUUGUAAUAAAGUUCAAAGAAAGAUAGGAGUACUCCAAGCUGCCAAGUCUGUUCUUUGUUCUACUCAUCACACACUUAUUACUUAUUUUACAUAUUUAGUAGUUUUUAGACAUAUAUAUAUAAUCUAUUUAUAUAUUUUAUAGAAAAAAAAUCUGCUGUCAAUAUUUGUUUUUUCUCCAAAGAACCAUCUUUAGAAAUUUACAUACAUACCCAGUCCACUGUGGUUUUAGUUUCUAUUUUUUUUCACUCACAGAUAGUAACAGUAGUGCUUUUCAGUCAGUCAGUUACUAUGCCUACCAGGUCUCAUCUGAUGAAAAUAAUAUUAGAUACUAUAAAUUCAAUGAAUUAUCAGGUGAGGCUUACUGAUUAACUUCUUGGUGACAAAGCUUUUGUGGGGUCAUUGUGUAAAUAGAAUUCACAAGACAAAAUUGCAAUGGAGAGUGCCAGACACCAAUGAGUUAAUAUACAAAAAUUGGUUUGAGAUUUUAGGUAGAGUAUUAGUGUCCAUACUGAAACUGACAGUGAAGUAAAAAUUCUGUGUAGUAAUUAUUACAGUGGGCAUGGCAUUGUUGUCUUGCCACUCCCUGACAUUGGGUUAAUUUAGGCAAGAGUUGCCUUCCUAAAACUAAAGUUCUUUAAGGCUUUACCUACUGGGAAAUCCGUGACUUAAAAUCAGAUCAUUAAUAGUGUAUAUUCAUAGUUGUACCUUGGUUGUUUCUGAGCUACAGCUUCCAUUAGUACGUCUUAUAUUAGCUUAAGAAUAUUUUUACCUGUGAAGUGUGCAGGAAAGUAAAUGAUUUUUUAAUAUAUACUAAUGUUUCUAUUUUUGUUAUUCUUCCAAAAUGUUUUAUUAUGAGUCUUGUAUGAAUACAUUUACUCUGAAUUUAA